ACAGGAACAUACACAGAGAGGCUUUGAAGCACAAAUCACGGCUCUGCUCUUCCAGCAGGAGUGCAGGGAAGACAUUCCUCCAGAGCUGCAGCGGGGAUUACUUUCUGCAAAGGCCGGGACUGGAGCUCUAUCUGCCGGGGAGUGACGAACACACAGCCCGGGGGUGUUUGGUUGUCUGGAGCGAGACAGGCAGAGAGAGAGAGGCAGGGAGACAGGUGGGGGAGAUGGAGUUAAACCCAGAGUGGAGUUAAACCAAACUCAGCUAAGCUAAGCUAGGAAACUUGCAGCACCAUGGCCGGGUCACUGUUCAACCUUUCCGCCAACAGGCGCCUAGUCGCCGGCCUCCUCGCCAACCUGCUCUCUUCCAUCUGCAUCGUCUUCAUCAACAAGUGGAUUUACGUUCACUACGGCUUCCCCAACAUGACUCUGACUCUCGUUCACUUCGUGGUCACCUGGCUGGGACUUUACGUCUGUCAGAAAAUGGACAUGUUCUCUCCAAAGAGCCUCCCGAUUCGUCGGAUCGUGUGGUUGGCGCUGAGCUUCUGUGGCUUCGUGGCCUUCACCAACCUCUCCCUGCAGAACAACUCGAUAGGAACAUACCAGCUGGCUAAAGCUAUGACUACCCCGGUCAUCAUCCUGAUCCAGACCACCUACUACAAGAAGACCUUCUCCACUAAGAUUAAACUGACCCUGGUUCCCAUAACGUUAGGGGUGAUUUUGAACUCGUACUAUGAUGUGCGGUUCAACCUGCUGGGGACCGUGUUCGCAACGCUCGGUGUUCUGGUGACGUCUCUGUACCAAGUGUGGGUUGGAGCUAAACAACAUGAGCUCCAGGUGAACUCCAUGCAGCUCCUGUACUAUCAGGCUCCUCUGUCCUCGGGCUUCCUGCUCUGCGUUGUUCCUGUGUUUGAGCCGCUGACCGGAGAAGGAGGAAUAUUUGGACCCUGGUCUCUGCCGGCUCUGGUGACCGUGUUGGUCUCGGGCGUGGUGGCGUUUCUGGUCAACCUUUCCAUCUACUGGAUCAUCGGAAACACCUCGGCUGUCACAUACAACAUGUUUGGUCAUUUUAAAUUCUGCAUCACUCUGGUUGGAGGUUACCUGCUCUUCCAUGACCCAAUGUCGCUCAAUCAGGCUUUGGGGAUCCUCUGCACUCUGGUAGGAAUCCUGUCCUACACUCAUAUCAAGCUGGCUGAGCAGGAGGAGGGGAAGAGCCGCCUGGCUCAGAGACCAUAGGCCGACUUUACCAGUCAGUCAACUGCACGGACUCCUGCCAUUGGCCGCUGGCUGUGGAGAACUUUUUCUAAGAUACAAACUUUUUAUAUUUUUAUGAGUAUUUUUGCAGGAAAGUAAAUGAAUUUAUCGUGGAUCCCCUGAGAUGAAUAAAAGUGUAGGACCUGUGAAGCUGCUCGCGACGCUGUUCCCAUGUUUUGUUUGUUUUUUAGAUAAAUUUUGGGGCUUUUUACUCCUUUAAGAGUUAGGACUAAAGAAUUAGGAACGACAUACGGGAAAGGAGCCACAGGUCGGAUUCAAACUCGCGCCGUCCUCUCUCUCGAGCGUCUUUAAAAUGGGCUGCACACUAACAGCUAGACUAUCGGUGCCCCAUGAUCUUUAUGUUUUAACAGAAACUGAAGCUCAUCUCUUUAAAAAAUAAUGCAUCUUUUUGUCAUCAGAUAAAAAAAACUUUUCUCAUAGGCGGGUGAAAUCAGCUUUAGUUCUACCCACAAUGCUCUUCUUUUUGUGGCAUGUUGGAGUUGACAGAUUGGAUGACCUUUGAGUCAUUCAGUGGGAGUGGUUUCCUUUUUAAGGUAAGGAUCGCUAUCAAAACUGUUGCAACAAAUCAAAUCAGAGAAACGGCAACAAAAUAGUUUCAUAAUCUGUUUUUCUUUUUAGUGAUUAAAUCUCAGAGUUAUAGGUCUGUAGCAUUUCAGUUUAUAGUUUCAGGCUGCUUUUAGUUCCUUUAUUUAAUUUUUACCUUAAAUUUCCUUUGACGUUUUUGUUUUUGUGUAAUUUUUUUUAAAUGUUGAUAAUUAUCAUUGAGCGUCCUCAUCAUGCACUAGGAGCUCUGAUUUCAGAUUUUUACCUUCCUUGACGUUAUCACAGCGCAGCAUUAAGAGGAUCUGGGGGAAAGGGACGAGACACAAAGCGGUGAUCAUCAAUCAGUGUGUAGCUCUGUUGUGUAUUUAAAGGUGCUACAUGAGUCUUAAAACAUGUAAUUCCUUCAUAUAUUUUGUUAUUGGUUGCUUUGUAUUGCCAACAUGUGAGCAGAUUGUAACCUAAAUUAAAAAAUGAUUAAACUUUC